GAUAGAGGUAUCCUCCGUUUCGAUUGUGGGAAUAUGGGCGGGCAGCAUUUCCUGUUUGGAGAUAGUUCUUAGAGAGCAAGCUGGGAAACAGUUUAAUAAAUGACCCCUGCGCUUAGUUUUGAUGGAUGUUCGGGACAAGCAAGUUCUACGCUCAUUGCGCCUGGAGCUGUGUGCAGAACUGUUAGUAGAGGGACUUGUCAUUCAGUAUCUUUACCAAGAAGGCAUCUUAACAGAAAGCCACGUGCAGGAAAUAAGGUCCCAAGUCACCAACCACAGGAAGACAAUGAUGCUCCUUGAUAUCUUACCUUCAAGAGGCCCCAAGGCUUUUGAGACCUUUCUAGAAUCCUUACAGGAGUUUCCAUGGGUGAGAGACAAACUGGAGGCAAAGCGUAAUGAAGUUAUGCUAGUAGCACCUCCCGAUAAUGAGUUACUUGGAAUUUCUCAACACACUUUGAAGAAUCCACCAACAGAUCAGCAGAUUAACAGGCUUGCUAUGAGACUUGGACCUGAAUGGGAGUGCAUUGUAUUGUCCCUGGGCUUGACACUAAAUGACAUUUAUCAUUGUAAAGUCAAUCACCCAUACAAUGUCCCUUCACAGAUUGCGAGUGCAUUCAUCUUAUGGAGGCAGCGUUUGGGGAACAAAGCUACCAUGGAGAGUCUGUGUGCUUGUUUGAAGUCAGUAGAAGUGGAUUCUUCUGUGACCCAACAGAUGUUUCAGUGAGCCCCUAGUGUGACUGGAUGCUCGAAAGCCUCCUCUGUAUGAAAUGUAAUCCAGUGUAUGCAUAGAACUGCAAUACAGAAAAUGUCUAGUGUGCUUCAUUCCCUUUAAAAUAGAUAUAAGCAUCCAGUUAAGUGCCAGAGACUACAAUUGUAUGCACAAUUACAUAACAUUAAGUUCCUUUGUUGCAAAGCAUAACUCAGUCUGUGCAACUUUUAAUGCCUUUUUGUCUGCAAUUUUUUAAUCUUAGUAAAACAUCUCAGUCAGCAUGAUUUUGUUUUGAAACAGCCUGUGUCUGUGUGUGUGUUUUCAUGCCCAUUUAAUUCCUUAGCCUCCCUCCUCCCCUUCAGCACAGUUCUUGAAAUUUCAAAUUCUUCAUAAAAGUUCUUCCUAAAUAAUAAGGAACAUGUCCAUAUACUUAAUGAUAAGGGCUGCUAGUUUUAAUCAGUUUAAUUGGUGAAUAAAUUAGCCAAAGCUUUUAUUAGUUGACCUGCGGAGGGCAAUUUUAAUUUACAAAGGCAAACAAAGAGACUGAGAGAUAAGUGUAUACUUUUGUUGUUGGGAGUUUUAGGUUAUUUUAGUUCAGGGGUAUUACUGCAAUAAACCAGAGGUGGUGUUAGCAGGUCAGCCAAGAAGCCCAGUUUCCAGGGUUUUUUGGUGGGUUUGGGUUGUGUGUGUUUUUUGCAGUGGGUCCCACAUCUCCUGCUCCUUCCUUUCUUUUCUAACUUUUACUUAAAUGUUUCCUGGGUGUAUUGCAAGUGCUGAUAGAGCCCAGUCAGCCAGAGCCAAAUGAAUGUCUGCUCUUUCAAAUGCCUAGUAAGAUCCCUGCACCAGGAAAUGAAAAAGGAAAUAUUUUAAGCACAAAGAACAAUGAUCAGAAAGAACCUAGGUGAUGUUAGGAGAAAUGUCCUAAGAGCUACAUCAUCAAUGGGGAAACCUGCUGAAAUGUUGGCAGGUAUUAGUGGUGCUCUCAGAGUAGGUGGUCCUAUCUUAGGGUAGAGGGGUGAAUAUGUAUUCACACUCCCUGAAGGUCACUUCAAGCCCUGUGAAGAUUAACGAGGGUGAAGUGUGUUCUCUUUUGAAAGUAAUCACACUUACAGCUUCUUCAGAAAUAGAAUUUAGUUCCAUUCAAUCCAGAAUUAGGAAGACAGCUUACUGUUGAUUCGUAUUGUUGCUACAGUAGAAUAUAUAUAUACCUGUGUCUUCCAACAACACUCCAGUAACAUGAAAGAUCCACACAAUAGGCAGGGGAAAUGAUGGCUGUUCCUUCUCAUGUAAAUAUUGCCUAAGGACCUAGUAAAUGAAAUGGAGAGUUACUUUAUUCCAGAUGGAAUAUUUUAUUUGAUGGGCCACUUUUCUGCUUUAAUGUCUACAAAGCCAUUCAAAACAAUAAAUUCCUAAAACUAAACCAUAAAAGCCCAUUAAUACACUUAUUCUCUUUAUGAGUACAGCAAUUAUAAGCAGUCAAUGUUUUUAGAAACAUCUUAAACUUUCAGAGACUCAAAAGUAUCCAUUAAAAGGCUUGGUUGAAAAUAAUGGUUUUAAUUUGGUGCCUGAAUAGUGCUAAUGUAGGUGCCUCUUUCACAUGUCUGAAGAGAAGGUAUCCUAUAAAUUGGGUGCCACCACUGAAAAGGCCCCUUCCAAAUUGCCAGCCACAUUACCUCUCAAGACCUGGAGAAGGGUCUCUGGCAGAUCUCAAGUACUGGGUAAAUCUGUAGGGGAGAAGUCAGUUCCUCAAAUUCCCAAGUCCCACGAUGUGACCAGAUGUGUGCACAGUACAUGCAUUAUUGGAAAUUAAAUGUUACUGUAUGAUUCAAUUACAGUGAUUUUUUUUAUUGUUGAAUUAAGCAGUUUUCUGAUGUCCUAGGGAGUGAUCUAAUUUAGCACGUUUGUUUUGUUUGUAUUUAGUAAACAAUGCUGCAAAUUUUGAAGCUGCCAAGCUUGCCUAAUAUUGUAUUUGCAGUUGGUAUGAACCUAAGAAAUGGAAAAAAAUUCUGUGGGGGAAACACUGAACAUUUUUCUGUCCUACAUCACUGGUUUUAUACAUGUGAUAAAUCCAGCCAUAAAAAUACAUUUUAGAUUGGCAAUGUUAUGUUUCCACAAUGAUCUUCAUUUUCUGUAGAUCUUAAAAAAUGGUAAAUGCUGCAAACAUGUUAAGCCAUUGUUUGUCGUCACUGUCUGGGUAAUGCCUGUUAGUCUGAUUACCUGACUGUAUAACUUUAAGAUCCAAGGAACACACUAUAGAGUAUUUUAUUUUUGAUCCCUUUUAAAGCAGCACUGCACUGCUUGCAGUAAUUUUGCUCCCUUUACACUUCAGUCAAAUGUAAAUUUUAUGCUAAUGAUAGUUACGUAAGUGUAUAUGUAUCCCAAAUGUUUGUUUGUUUGUUUAUUGAAAAUUGUAUAUAGCCAUUGGCUGUUACAAGAGAAUCACAAGAGUAAUACAUAAAACAAUGUGUAAUAUAGCACAUAAAACUUAAUAAAAGAAAACAGAUCAGACAUUUUAAAAAGCAUAUGUUAAUUAUGAGUUUUAACAUGACUAGCUCUAAGCUUUUUUGCCGCCAGAGCAAAAUUUGCGGUGGCCAUCAUUAUGUGAGGUUGAUCCGAGGAUAAAAGGAAAACCACUAUCUGGGACUCCGUCAUGACUAUGGUUCUAUAUAUCAACGGGGAUAAAAAAUUUUCUCUUGGGGCACUAAAUAAAGGGCAGCUUAGCAUAUAAUGCUUUAAAUCCUCCGGUACCCUACAUCCUGCAACGCAUAGAUGUGCGGGGUACGGGAUUCCAAGGUAUCUACCCUGUAAGUUUGCUGAGGGCAUGACCUGGAAUCUGUAUCCCAAAUGUAAACAGUAAACCUGUUUGGCCUUGAGUCUUAUUUCAAGUCUGUCGAUUUUGUUUGAAUGCCAUGAGGAUAUACACUAGAACUGUCAAGAAAUCAAGUUGUCCACACACUGGUAACCUCAAGGCUGGAUUACUGUAAUACGCUCUAUGUGGGACUGCCCUUGAGGUUGGUUCGGAAGCUGCAGCUGGCGCAAAAUGUGGUGGUGAGUUUGCUCACUGGAGUAGGGUAUCACCAACAUAUUACCCAGCUGCUGAAAGAAUUGUACUGGCUCCCCAUUAACUACCGGGCCAGGUUCAAGGUUCUGGUUUUGGAGUGCAAAGCCUUAUACAGCUUGGGACCAGGAUACCUGAAAGAUCGUCUUACCCUUAUAUACCCAGUCGAUCACUGCGCUCUGCAGGUGAGGGCCUCCUGCAGAUGCCAUCUUAUCAGGAGGUCCAUUCUGCACAACAUAGGAAAUGGACCUUUAGUGUGGCAGCACCUACCCUGUGGAAUUCCCUCCCCUUAAAUAUUAAACAAGUGCCUUCUCUGUUAUCUUUUCAGCACCUAUUGAAGACCUCUUUCAACAAGCCUUUUAAGUUGAGACCUUAUCCCAGUCUGUGUCUGUGUUGGAAUUAUUAUUAUUAUUAUCUUUAUUUAUACCCCGCCCUUUUUCCAAACUGGAAUUCAAGGCGGCUUCCAGAUAAAAACAAGUACACAUCAUUAAGAACCUAUAAAAAUAUAAAAGAUAUAAACAUAUAAAAUCAGUAUUAAAACAGGAUUAAACUAUUAAGAUGUUAAAACCAAUUACUCUUAAAAUACUGCAACCCAGUUUAGGAGCAUACAGGCAAAACAAUAACAUACAGCAUCCUCUUCAGUCACUACCCUUAAAACCUUCAGUUCCAAAGGCCUGCCGGAAGAAAAAAGUCUUUAGCUGUCAGUGGAAAGACUGCACAGAGGAGGCCAUUCUUGCCUCCCUAGGGAGGGAGUUCCAGAGCCUAGGGGCAGCCACCGAAAAGGCCCUAUCUCGUGUCCCCACCAGUCGCACUUGUGAAGGUGUUGGGAUCGUGAGACGGGUCUCUCCUGAAGAUCUCAGGGCCCGGGCAGGUUCAUAUAGGAAGAUACGGUCUGACAGAUAGCCUGGACCUAAGCCGUAUAGGGCUUUAUAGGUCAUAACCAGCACUUUGAAUUGUGUCCGGAAACAGACUGGCAGCCAGUGGAGCUGUUGCAGCAGGGGAGUUGUAUGGUCCCUGUAACCAGCCCCAGUUAACAUUCUGGCUGCAGCUCGUUGCACCAGUUGAGGUUUCCGAACAGUCUUCAAAGGCAGCCCCACGUAGAGCGCGUUACAGUAGUCUAAGCGGGAUGUAACUAAGGCAUGUGUCACCAUAGCCAGAUCAGACGACUCCAGGAACGGGCGCAGUUGGUGCACUAAUCUUAACUGUGCAAAAGUAUUCCUGGCCACCGCAGAGACCUGGGCCUCCAGGUUUAAGGCUGAGUCCAGGAGCACACCCAAACUGCGAACCUGCGUCUUCAGGGGGAGUGUAACCCCAUCUAGCACAGGCUGAACCCGUAUUCCCUGAUCCGCCUUUCGACUGACUAGGAGCACCUCUGUCUUGUCUGGAUUAAGCUUCAGCUUGUUCACCCUCAUCCAGUCCACCACUGCUGUCAGGCACUGGUUUAGAACUGAGACAGUUUCCUUGGAAUUAGGUGGAAAGGAGAAGUAGAGUUGGGUGUCAUCUGCAUACUGGUGGCACCGAACCCCAAAUCUCCGGACAACCUCUCCCAGCGGUUUCAUGUAGAUAUUAAAUAGCAUGGGGGACAGAACUGAACCCUGAGGGACCCCACAGGCCAACGGCCAAGGAGUCAAACAGGAAUCCCCCAGCACCACCUUCUGGGUUCGACCCUCCAGGAAGGAACGGAGCCAUCGUAAAACGGUGCCCCCAAGUCCCAUCCCGGAAUUACUUUUUAAUAUGCUUUUAAACCUUUUUUAAAAUGUUUUUUAACCUUCUUUAAAAAAAACAUAUCUUCAAAGCCUUUUUAAAAAUGUUUUUAAAGUUGUUUUGUUUUAAUGUAUUUUAAUGUCUGUUUUUAUGAUGUUUUAAAGUGUUUUUAGUGCUUUUGUUUGCCUCCCUGGGCUCCUGCUGGGAGGAAGGGCAGGAUAUA